AAACAUGCUAUAUUAAUAUAGCUUCAAAGCUUUGCCUUAUCCCUACCAGUAGUUUGACUAUAUGCAGCAUUAACUGUUCAAUUUCUUCAGCUAUCAUGAGGAUCUUGAAUGCUGCAAUAAUGUUGCUGUUACUAGCAUUAAUGGCCGCCAUUUCAACUGCUUCAACCGACAAACAAGCGUAUAUAGUUCGUAUGGACAAGACAAAGAUCACCAACACUUUCAGUUCCCUUGUUAGUAUUACUAAACCAUGGCACCAAGCUGUCCUUGAGUCUUUAGCUGAUGGUGAUGAACUCGAAGCCACACCACCGGAGCUACUGUAUUCCUAUGAAACCGCCUUGUUUGGUUUCGCCGCAAAGCUGUCUAGUAAACAGUUAGAAUCGUUGAAAAACAUGGACGGGUUCAUGUCUGCGGUACCUGAUAAAAUGCUAAGCCUCCACACUACUCGGAGUCCAUUCUUUCUUGGCUUAACAGGGAAGAAAGGGAAAAAUGGACCAUGGAGUGGUUCUAAUUUAAAUUCCGAUGUAAUAAUCGGUGUGGUGGAUAGUGGGAUUUGGCCGGAACAUGUUAGUUUCCGAGACCAUGGAUUAUCUCCGGUACCAGAAAGAUGGAGGGGUACUUGUGAAAAAGGUACUAAAUUCUCACCGUCGAAUUGUAACAAGAAACUAAUCGGUGCUCGGUAUUUCUACGGUGGGUAUCUCGCCGCUGGUGAGAAAAUCAAUGAAACAAAUGAAUAUGUAUCUACAAGAGAUGCAUCUGGUCAUGGUACACAUACGGCUUCAACAGCAGGUGGGAAUUUCGUGGAACAAGCUAAUCUUUUCGGCGUGGCUAAUGGUUCGGCUGCCGGAAUGAGGUACACGGCAAGGAUAGCAGCUUAUAAAGUAUGUUGGCCGGGAUGUUCAACCAUUGAUAUUUUAACAGCUAUGAUGAAAGCCAUUGAAGAUGGUGUUGAUGUGUUGACAUUGUCAUUAGGUUCAACAUCUGAAGCUGUCCCUUAUUGGCAAGAUUACAUUGCUAUAGCAUCAUAUUUUGCUUUUAAAAGUGGGAUCUUUGUGGCCUUUAGUGCAGGUAAUAGUGGACCGUGGGCGUACACGGCGGUUAACACCGCGCCAUGGAUCAUGACUGUAGCGGCUAGUACUAUAGAUCGAAGCUUCCCAGCAAUUAUCAAGCUUGGAAACGGAGAAACCUUCGAAGGGUCGUCGUUUUAUACCGGUAAGGCCUUAAAGGGAUUACCAAUUGUGUACGGCAAAACUGCAGGUGUUACAGGUGCUGCACAUUGUAUCCCUGGUACACUUAAUCCUAAGCUUGUGAAAGGCAAAUUAGUGAUUUGUGAACCAGGAGACGAAUAUAUGACGCAGACCGAACGAGGGGAGCAAGUGAAAUUGGCCGGCGCUGCUGGGAUUUUAGUAAUGAGUACGGUCGGUGAAGAUCUUGCAAAUGAACCUCAUGUUUUGCCUGAUAUUUUAUUAGGUACUUCAAGUAGUAAAGCUGUGAUUAAGUAUGUGAACUCAACUAAAGCACCCAUAGGCACCAUUGUGUUCAAAGGCACAACGUAUGGUAACCGUGCACCGAAACUCGCUGCAUUUUCAUCGAGAGGACCGAAUUUAGCCGGUCCGGAUGUGAUCAAACCGGAUAUAACAGCGCCGGGAGUGGAUAUCCUAGCAGCAUGGCCGGCUGAGACGAGUCCCAGCACACUCGAGUCUGAUAAAAGAAGGGUAUCAUUCAACAUAGUGUCUGGUACAUCAAUGUCGUGCCCUCAUGUUAGUGGCAUUGCUGCGUUGAUUAAAUCGAAGCACAAAGAUUGGUCCCCAGCAGCAAUCAAAUCUGCACUCAUGACAACCGCAUAUACCAUAGACAACAAGGGAAAACCUAUAAGCGAUCUUAAAUCUCAUGCCUUGGCAACUCCUUUCGGUAUCGGUUCGGGUCAUGUCGAUCCAAUCAAAGCUUCUGAUCCCGGUUUAAUCUAUGAUAUCACCGCGGACGAUUAUAUAAGUUACUUAUGUAGCCUCAAGUAUAAUGAGUCACAAAUAGCCUUGUUUGAAGAGGGUUUCAUAGAAUGUAAGAAGGAGCAAUUGGCGAUGCAACCCGGUGACCUGAAUUACCCGUCUUUCGCCGUGAACUUCAAUCGAAAGGCUCGGAAUGUUACGAUCACAUACAAAAGGACUGUUACAAAUGUUGGGAUACCUAAAAGUACAUAUAAAGUAUCAGUUGAAGCACCCAAAGGAGCAUAUGUGAUUGUAAGGCCUAAAGUAUUGAGUUUUAAGAAGUUGAAUCAGAAACUGAGUUACAAAGUGAGUUUCAUUGGACUGAGUCGAAAGAAACCGGUUGUUAACUCAGCAUUUGGUUCCUUAAUGUGGGUUUCUGGUAAUUACAGAGUUAAAAGUCCCAUUGCAGUGACUUGGAAAUAGCCUGUUGUCACCAUGGACUGAUAUAUUAUCAAUGUAUUGAUUGUUGAAGGAAAAUAAAGUAAAUUUUCAGUAAA